AUGUUGUACAGCGCUGGAAUUGGCGGUAUGGCAGCAGCCCUCACAUUAGGUCUUCGAGGACACCACGUCGUGGUUCUUGAAGCCGCUCCAAAGCUCAUGGAAGUCGGAGCAGGCAUCCAAGUCUCCCCAAACAUGUUGCGUCUUUUCGACCGAUGGGGUGUCUCUGACCUAAUCCACGCCCAGGAUGUAGCCCUAGAGCACAUCCACGUCCGGAGAUGGGAAAAUGGCAAACUCCUCGGCACAAUGCCGGUGAACAAAACCUUUGGCCAGCAAGUAGUCAUCCACCGCGCUGAUCUGCACAAUGCCAUCAUCGACAGAGCAGUAGCUCUGCCAAAUGUCGAGCUGCGUGUGAAUUCACCAGUAACAGAUGUGCAAUUCGACCCGGCAAGCGUGACGCUAGCCAAUGGCACCGUUGUUCGUGGCGAUAUUGUCGUCGGUGCUGAUGGUAUCAAAUCUACGAUCCGGAGCCGCCUUCUGGAGGAUUCAUCGCUUAAAGCCAUUCCUACUGGCGAUGCUGCAUAUCGUAUUAUGCUGCCCAGGGAGAUUAUGGAGAAAGAUCCGGAAUUGAAGGAACUUAUUGACCAGCCUGAGGCGACGCGUUGGCUUGGUCCUUCGCGCCAUAUUAUUGCGUACCCAGUUCGCAGUCACCAGCUGUACAAUGUUGUUCUGCUGCAUCCUGAUGUACAGGGCUCUGAGGAGUCUUGGACUACUAAGGGUUCGAAGCAGGCUAUGGUUGAUAACUAUGACGGCUGGGAUAGUACGGUGCGGAAGCUUAUUGACCUGGUUGAUGACAAUGAGGUCUUGGAGUGGAAGUUGUGUCUGCAUCGGCCAUUGAGAACGUGGAUCCGAGGAUCGGUCGCGUUGAUCGGUGAUGCUUGCCACCCAAUGCUGCCAUAUGUCGCCCAAGGCGCCGCCCAAGCCGUCGAAGACGCAGCUGCUCUGGGCGUCCUUCUCUCGAACAUCACGUCGCGAGCGGAAAUUCCCCUAGCACUGAGUGCAUAUGAAAGAUCCCGAAAGCAGCGCGCCGAGACGGUGCAGCAGUCUGGCUCGGAGAAUCGUAUCACGUUACACUUACCAGAUGGGCCUGAACAGGUCUCCCGCGAUGCGCAGUUCCUCGCUUCGGCCAGUGGCGAGAAUCCCGAUAAAUGGUCGGAUCGUAGCACACAGGAGUUCCUUUGGGCUUGGGAUGCUGAGAAGGCGGCUUUGGCUACUUGGGAUGAACUCGACCAAGGCAAGAGCCGGGCGAAUCUUUGA